ACAAGGCAACAAAUGCUGCAUGUGUGCUAUUGUCGGGUUGGUAUCGAUGUGGCACAGCUGGAGUCUCAGCUGACGGGAACAGUGAUUGGAGGCAGGGGGUGCAGAGUCGCAGCAGAGCCUCAGCAGAGUCGCAGCAGAGCCGCAGCUGAGUCGCAGCAAUGCUAAUUCAGUUCGAAGGGCGUUUUUGUCGAGGCAACAGCGAAAUCGAAACGAAAUGCAGCCAAGGCAGCCUCGUAGCGCCCGUUACGCUGACAACCUUGAAUGAUGAUUGCCUGCUGCUGAUCUGCGCCCAGCUCUCAAUUAGGGACCAGCUCGCGCUGCUGCGGCUGGGCGGACGGCUGCGUCCGCUGGUGCUGCAAAUUUGGCAGCGUAAAUAUGCCAGCGAAUUCGAUUGGCAGCAGGAGCCGCAGCACUUGGAGAGCCUGUGCGCCAGCGAGCAGAGCCAGCUGCUCGGCCACAUGGCGCGGCUGACGCGGGCGCUGCUUAAUCUCAGUGUAUGGCAGGCUGAGCUGCCGGAGUGGCUGCAAUCGAGGCGGAAGCGGAAACGUAAACGGAAGCGCCAGCUGGAGCAGAAGCCGCUAUGCAUGCCCAACAUGCAAAGGCUUAGCUUUGGGGCAUGCCACUCGGUGGCGCUGCUGCGGCAGCUGCCUCGGCUCUGCCCCAACCUGACGCAGCUGCAGCUGGCCGGCUGUGUGGGCGUGGACGCCGCGCAGCUCUGCCGCGCCCUGACCCAGCUGCCGCAGUUGAGUCGCUUUGAGCUGCUGCCAGGCAGCGGUAUCUGCGGCAUCUGCGGCGCCACGGCCACACCAGCCUUGGCCGACAUUGAAUAUUGCCGAACGCUGCAAACGCUGAAAGUUCCGGCGUGCGCGCUGCGUGCGGCCAGCAAGGAAAUUGCCUGGCUGCCGCAGCUGCGCCAGCUGACAGGCUUCCUCUGCUGCAGCGGCGACAUUGACAAUGCCGACAAAGAGAAAGCGAAUGCUGGCGGAUUGGCCACCGCAACCGUAUCCGCCUGGCUGGCGGCUCUCGGCCAGGGUGGUGUUGCCCGUCAAAUUGUGGCAUUGCGUUUGCAAUGUCAACUGGAUGGUAGCCUGCCGCGUCUGCUGGCUGGCCACUUGAGCGUGGUGCAGCUGCAGCGGUUCGCUUGGCACUCACAGCUGAUGGUGCGCUAUGAUGCCACGGAUGGCAGCAUCAAGUGGCUGCCGCAGGCGCUGCAUGUGCCGCGUGCUCUGCUCCGCUUCAUUGUCAGCCAGUCGGCGAGUUUGCGUGAAUUGGAUGUUACGCGUAAUGUGCAUGCCACGCCCACAUUCCUAGCACAGCUCGCCGAGCAAAUGGGCGGCACAGUCGCCGUGCGGCACGACGGCUGCCCCAGGGGCAGGAUGUGCGAGCAGGAAACGGAUAUGGACAACAACAGAAACGAUUUGGCUUUUGUGGAGUUUGCCAUUGAAGCAGUUGCCUAAUGAAAGGCGAACCGCCGAGGGUAUGCCAAGAGGUAUAUGCGACUAUCAGUUAGACUUAAGUGCAUCGAAUGUAAGA